GCUGGAUCUCCACCUCCGUACUUCCGUAGCUCUUCCUUCUUUAUCAAUUCGCCCCCCUCGCGUUGCUUCUUCCCCUCGAACGAACCCCGCGGAGACAAGACAACCACCACCAAGUCUACUCCCCGUCCACGCCAAUCUUCUUCCUCCUCCUCCUCCGCCGCCUACACCUCGUCGCCGCCGGCCUCCAUGAUGAAGGACAAGAUGAAGGAUCUCAUGAAGAAGGUCACCUCCUCCUCCGCCCCGUCCUUCAAGGGCCCCUCCCACGUCCUCGGCUCCGGCCCUCCCCCCUCCGCCUCCACCUCCUCCUCCCGCCCCUCAAACCCUAACCCUAACCCCAGGCCCGCCCCCAAGCAGCAGCCCCCGCGCCCGGCCGGCCCCUCCGAAUUCACCCCCUUCACCCCCUUCACCGCCGUCAUCUCCUCCUUGCCGUGAUGGACGAGACUCCUGCCGAAGCAAGGCUUAGCGGGAUCAGGCAGGCUGUGCUCCUGCUUGAGAGGUCCCAUCCUUCGGCACCGCUACCGACGCUGGCCGGGUCUGAGUCCAAAGAGAGCUGCCGCAGCGGAGUCGAUGAGCAAAAGGAGGUUAACAAGAUUGUUGAUCGUCAGAUUCGGGUAUUCUUCAAUGUCCCUGGAAGUUCUGUUGCAGAAAUUGAUACACCGGAUUCUUUCUACAAACUUAGUGGUGAGGAGGUAAGGAAUGAGGCAAAGAUGAGGAGGGAAAGGCUGGAACAAUCUCGGUUGCUAAUUCCAAAGUCAUAUAAGGAGAAGCAGGCACUGGCUGCUCGACAGAAGUACAAACAAGCUGUCAUCCGAGUUCAGUUUCCUGAUGGAGUAAUUCUCCAGGGUGUAUUCCUUCCAGCGGAGGCUACUGGUUCACUAUAUGAGUUUGUCGCGGAUGCUUUGAAGCAGCCAGGUUUGGAAUUUGAUCUUAUCUGUCCAGCUGUUCCUAGGUCACGUGUGCUACCGCAUUCCCCAAAUACAGGAGAGCGGGCACGCACGUUGCAAGAUGAAGGCCUAGUACCUUCUGCUCUCCUCAAAUUCAAGCCCAAUGAGACUGAUUCUGUUGUGUUCACCGGCUUGCUUGACAAGCUUCUGGAGGCUAGUGAACCAUUUACAGCUGCAUCCUCUUGAUUGUUGGAGUUCAGGCCCACAUUCUCCCCUCAAAUCUUCUGUUACAUUGGACUUCAUACUGUUGUAACUCAGUCACAGGGAUAUGUCAUCUGCAUACUCGUUAGGUUGAUUGAUAGUCUGGUACAUAGAUUGCUUGGCGAUUGCCAUACUUUACAUGGUAAAACCCAAUAAUUCAUCAGUCGCACCGUCAACUGUACCUGAGCGAUGAGUGAGCUAUACAAUGUGUACAACACAUUAACUUCCCUUGAUGUUGCAUUUGAUACUAGAACUAUCGUUAAUUCAGUAUCCCCUCUAUUGUUAGGUUUA